AGAGAGAGAGAGUUUUAGAGGAAAAGAAAGGGCAAAACAGCUCUCAUUCUCUCUCCCUACGGUGUUGUGUGUAUCUAUUUCAUAUAUACAAAAAACAUAUACAUACACAUCAACGGAAAAGAGCAUUGCAUUUGAGAAUCGAUUCGAUCGCUGCGUCAAUCGUCAUCACAACAAACACUGAUUGAUUCUUCAACAACACCAGGUGUUGGCGAGGAAGGAUUUCAUAUUUACUGAUUUUCAGGGGUAAUCAUAGAGAAACACGUAUAUGCACAUAUAUAUACAUACACGAUCAAGUGGUUUGUUCGAUCAGGAAUUGCGAUUGCGACGAACCUGGGAGGGUUCAGAGCAAUCCCUUCCUCGGAUUUGGUGGGUUUUUUUCUGAGUGAAUUGGUGGGUCAGACGCGGAUUCUUUCGAUUUUGAGUGAUAUGUUGGACUUUAGGAUAGGCGGUGGCAAAUUAGGGUUAGGGUUUUGGGUUGCUUAGGUUAGACACAGGGUUUGUGGGUUGGGAAGUGUGCCUGAGGAGGAUAUGGAACCAAAAUAUGAGCUUGAGGAAGGCGAGGCGGGCUAUCACGGGCUUGAUGAUGCUGAUGAUACAAGCAUUGACCCUGAUAUAGCACUCUCUUACCUUGAUGAGAAGGUACAAAGUGUUUUGGGCCAUUUUCAGAAAGAUUUUGAAGGAGGAGUUUCUGCUGAAAAUUUGGGAGCAAAAUUUGGUGGGUAUGGCUCAUUUCUUCCCACACAUCAGCGUUCUCCUUCAGUAUUGUCUCAGCCUAAAUCUCCUCCAAGAUUUCAUAGCCACAACAUGCCAGGGUCUCCUAAGCAUUUGGUCACAGAGAGUGCCCCUCAGAAUUCUCUGGGUCUUCCCAAUGCACCUUUGUCUCAGAAAAAUGGAGUGGCUGUUUCUGGGAAUUCACAUUCAUUACUUGCUUUGAGGGGUGCACCAGGGGAUGGCUCAGUGAGAAAAGGGCCACGCUUGCCAUCAGCCCAAGUUGCUGAAAAGUGCCUUGCAAAAGAUGAGCCUUACUUGAAUAAGUCAGUCACUUCAACUGAUCAGAGAACACUAAAAGUUCGGAUCAAAGUACAUCCACACAAGACAACACAGAAAAAUGCUGCAAUAUACAGUGGUCUUGGGCUUAGUUCUCCUUCUUCAAUGGAAAGUAGUCCUGUGGAAAGUGGUGAAAUGUCACCUGAUUCUCAAGAAGCUUGUGAUGAAUCUCCUGGCAGCAUUCUUCAGGUGAUGACAUCUUUCCCAGUUGCUGGGGAUCUUCUGCUUUCACCUCUUCAUGAUCAUUUACUUGCCUUGUCAAGAAAUGGAAGUAACUUGGGAUGUGGUAAGCUUGUUGCUGCUCGAAAGAAUGGGCACAACAAUUCAUCCAUUUCUACUGAUGCUUCAACUUCCAGUUUGGGGAAUGCCAAUGAGCUGAAAGGGAAGAAAGUAAAUUCUAUUUCCCAGAGUGAAAACUUUGUGGAACCAAAGAAUAGGGGUAAAAUUGUUAAUGGGCAUGAUACUGUCUCCUGUUUGAAGAAAAAUUUAGGAAGUGAGACCUUGGAAAACAAACAGUAUCUCUCUACUGACUUGAAUGCUAAAGAUUUAUCUGAUUUAGGAUGUGAUACUGGUGGAUCACUUAAAGGUGCUGGCUUUGCAUCCAAAGCUGUUAGAGAGUCUGAUGAGGCCAUGCCAUCAAAGAAAAGGGAGCUUAUAAGUGGUAAGAUGAAAGAUAUAUCCCUGAACAGUGACUUGAUUAAUGAUGAGUCCGUUGCAUUGAUUACUGGCCAAGGUGGUAGUAACUUUGAUAACCGAGAUUCAAAAAGCAACUCAAUGGAGAAAAUUGGGGAACACCAGGUAAGAGGUUUUCAUAAGGAUAAUAAGGAACGCGGUGGGAGUAAGGAAGACAGAAUUCUUACUUCUAUUACAGCUGAUUCUGAUAUUUCUGAGGGUAGAAAAGACUCAAAAGGGGCUGCUGAGAAGUUAAAAGAAGUAAAUGUGAAGGCUACAAGUCAUCAACAAGAUAAAUUGAAGAUACUAGACACAAAGAAGAAGACAUGUGAAGGGAAAAAGAAGUCAGUGGGUAGUCAACUUUCUGGAAAGUCUGCUUCUAAGCUGUCAGUUAAAAGUGCUGGUUCUUCUGCUGUUAUAAAGAACAAAAAGAAUUCUGGGAAGGAUGUACUAGAAAGGACCUCUGGUCAUAAGUUAAAGGAGUCUAAGUUGGAUGCACACAGAGAACUGCAAGCAAGUUCUGAUAAAUCAAGGCUGAAAUCUGCUCAUACUAAAAUUGACAACCAGUUGAUAUCUGGGAAAAUUAUGAAGGAGACUUCAAUGUAUGGAAUACCUUCCACUAGGGAACCUAUACUGCAUACAGAAGAGGCACCACCAGCUCCUUUUCUUCUUAUUGAAGAGGACUGGGUCCUAUGUGACAAAUGCCAAAAGUGGCGUCUUCUACCACAGGGUAUGAAACCUGAUCAUUUGCCCUCAACUUGGGUAUGCAGCAUGCUAAACUGGCUGCCUGGAAUGAACAGCUGUGACUUCAGUGAGGAUGAAACAACUGGAGCUCUUAAUGCUUUAUAUGUUCCUCUCCCUGAGAAUCCAAAUAACCUUCAAACUUAUGCUGGUAAAAUUGAAGGUGGAGUAAAUCCAGCCAGUGCUUGUGACUUGAGUGGGAAUAGGCAAAAUGCCAGUUACACAGCCAAUCUAGGAAGGAAAAAACAUAAAGUGAAGAGAAGUAAAAAUGAUGAAUUACUUGCUGCAACAAAUUUUAAGAAGAGCAUCCAGGGUGAAAUGGUGAAAGGUAGAACUUUGGUAAAUGUGAACCAGACUCCAUCGGGAUCAAUUCCAAUGCGCAAAUUAAAUGACAAGGACUUUAGUGAACAGGGGGAACAUGUAGUUAUUGGUGAUGAAAAGUCUAGAAAGAAAAUAAAAAGAGAGCCCAACUUAUCGGACUAUAAGGAUGUGAAGAAGAUAAAAGCUGAUAGUGAGCUAGCUUCUGGUGUGGACCUUGGUAUGCUGGCCUCAACUAAUGGUUUGCCUACUAAGGUAGCUAUGAAAGAGAAACACAAGAAAAAUGGGUAUUUGAAGGAAACAAAGUCUACUGUGGGGACUGGGUUACGGGUCUCUGUGAAAAAGCAGGACCACAUGCAUGAUUCUCUGGAUAAUGGGUCAUUAGAUAUAAAAGCGUGUAACGAAAGGGAAAUAUCUACAAAGAAAAGAAAAUUUAAGGACAGUGAUCAUUUGGAGACAUUGCAAAGUAAUGUGGCUCCUCUUGGAGUUAGCAAGGUGUCCAUCAAGGAUGAGAGCAGUGAUGGUGGAUUCAAGAAACAUAAGAAAUGCAAGAUCUCUCAGACUGAAGCAAAUGAGUCCAGUACAAGUAAGAGUGAGCAAAAACCAAAGGCAAGAGGUGCAGUCACCAGAAUUAUCCUGCCAAGUAGUAGGAAUAGUCAAGCUAGUAGUAUUGUGAAAGAUCAGCAGGUUAAGAAGUAUAAAGUAAAGAUGAAGCCUCAACUAACACUUGAUGAUAUUGAUUCAUUGAGAAAGGACUUGGGUUGUGAAGAAUUGUCAACAGCAGCCACUUCAAGCUCCUCUAAAGUUUCUGAUUCCCGUAAAAGAAGAGCUAAUUACCAAGUGAAAGGCUCUCCUGUGGAGUCAGUUUCCUCAUCUCCAAUGAGGACAUACAACUUGAAUAGUCUUUCACCCACUAGAAAGGGUGGUUUUGAGAAAGAUGAUGCUAAGUGCAGUGAUUUUGGAUUGGCAGGAAGCCCAAGAAAGUCUAUGAAUGGCAAUACCAAUUUAUUGAGCAAUGGAUCUGGGCAAUCAAGAAAGGGCAACAGUUUCUUUCAUGCUGAGGCUUUUGAUAGUUCAGUGAUACAUCCUCGGGAUAGUGAUGCCAGAGACAGGUUUGAUACAGAUGCUAAGCUUUCUUCUGAUGUUGGAAAUGGCCAUUUAGGUAAUAGUGACGCUGUUAUGUUUGGGGAACAUAUGAAUGCUGCAAGUUCCAUUGGUAGGAAGGAUAGGUUGAACAAGAAACUUUUAAUGUUACACCAUCAGAAAACUGUGAAAAAUUCUCCAUUACAAUCCAAGGAAAAAGAUAAAGAUUUUGGUGUUGGCAUCAAAACAGAUGGAGAGAAGGUCUCUGAUCCUCCAAGUGAUAAUAUAGGCUUGAAACCAACUAAGAGUCUAAAGGAAGAUAUGAAGGUUAACGAUAACCAUCUUGAGUCUGGUACUAAAUUUGUUCGAAAUAGUAAGAAUCUUGGCAAUUUGGAUGCUGCAAAACCUGGUGAUGGUAGAAGAGAUAACCAAUUAAAAUGUGAAGAUGAUUGGUCAAAUUUGAAAUUUGGUGCUUCAUGUAACAUGGAUGGGAAGGCUUCCACAGAGCAAAGGUCAAUUCUGGAGUUUGAAGCUGAAACUGCUAUGAGGGGACGGUCAACUCAAGUGGGGUCAAAGGAGGAAAGGUCAGAAGUUGACCUGUCUCGAGGAGAUAAACAAGCCACCCUAGGUGGUGCUAGCAGACCUCCAUCACUCCAUAAAGGAGCUUCUAUGGAUGCUUCUGUUGCUGGUAAUUCAUCUAAAAUGUCAAAAGCUCCUGGUCCUGUUUGCAAGAAUGGCACCAACAACAGCACAGGCCAUCCUAUUCCUGAUCGCAGUAUGAUUAAGAGCCUGGAUGCUCCAAACCUUUCCAAAAGGGAUGCCUCCAAUCAGAAUGCUUCUAAUGUCUUGAGAGAAGCUGAAGAACUCAGAGAUUAUGCUGACCGUCUCAAGAGCACUGGAUUUGAUUUUGAAUAUAAUGAGGCAUAUUUCCAAGCUGCCUUGAAGUUUCUUCACGGUGCUUCCCUCUUAGAAACCUGCAGUGGUGAAAGCGGUAAAUAUGGGGAGGCAAAUCAGAUUCAAAUCUAUACUAAUACGGCAAAGCUUUGCGAAACUUGUGCAAAUGAAUAUCAGAAACGCCAAGAAAUGGCCACUGCUGCUUUGGCCUAUAAAUGCAUGGAAGUUGCAUACAUGAGGGUAGUAUAUUGCAAAAAUAUGAGUGCAAGUAGAGUUUGGCAUGAUUUGCAGGCUAGUCUGCAAAUGCCCAUUCCCCUGCAAGGUGAAUCUCCUUCAUCUUCUGCAUCUGAUGUUGAUAACACAAACAAUCAAGCAAUGAUAGACAGGACUGCUUUAUCUAAAGUGAAUGGUUCUCAACCUGGAACUCAUGUUAUUGCUCCUCGAAAUCGUCCAAAUUUUGUUAAAUUGCUCGACUUUGCCAAGGAUGUUAAUGCUGCAAUGGAGGCAUCCAGAAGAGCUCAAAAUGCAUUUGGAGCUGCUAAUAUAAUCUUGGAAGAGGCUCAAAAUUUGGAGGCUAUCUCAUCUGUUAAGCAGGUGAUUGACUUCAGCUUCCAGGAUGUAGAAGAGCUUACACGUUUGGUACGACUUGCAAUUGAGGCCAUCAGCCGUCAAAGUAUCGGUGGCAAUAGAUAAGACAACUGUGUAUAUAGUCUACUCCUUGGACAAGCAAGCCUUUUUAUGCAGGAUGGAAAAGCAUGGACCUGCAUCUUGCAGUUGGUGAAGAGGCAUGGAAUUAAGUGCUUGUUAUCUUUAUGUACAUGUGUACAAAGUGGGAUUGGUUUCCAUUUUCCUGAUUCUUUUGAAUAUUCGGCUUUUUUUUAUUCCCCUAUGAUAAGAGCAUAGUGUGCUCAACCUGAGAAUUAUGGGUUGGGGGGAGGGAGAUGUAUAAUUUAUGCUUGUUCAAGGACAAGAUGCAGAGUUAAUGUAAGAUGCAAUUUUGAAACUAGUUUUGUUUUUGUUAGGAUUUGAGGAACAUAGGAUUAUAGAGACCUAGAAGAUUUAGCCAUUUAGGUGAGAUGUCGAGAUCAUAAUUUAAUGUAGUUCAAGUGAUCCAUUCUUGCCAAGGACUCGAAUGUUUGAGGCCAUAUACAUUCUCGAAUUUUCUUAAUUGAUCAGAAAUCCCAAUUUUGGAUAAAAUUUUGGUAAUUUUGAUUCUACAAGGUCUAAAUUCUAUAUUGUCCAUAAGUAUUGUGUAAUGGAGGUAUUCCCCUUCAUGCAACAAUUUUCAGUUUGCAGAUAAUUUAUCAAGGGAUGUUGGUGUUCAGGUAUGUAAUCCAGUGUAUAUUUUAGGUUUUGUAAUGAGGGAUAAAUAUCAUGCUGCACUUGAAAUUGUGUAUGCCUAUCUUGUGUUGAAAUUUUUUGCUUUUAAUAUACUUCUAUGCAGGCUUAGUAUUGUGUCUUAUUUUGUUGUUCAACAUGUUUAUGACUUCAAGGUGAUUUUCGCUGGUAAGAAGUAUCACGAGGAACAAAUUGCUGCCAUAGUGCAAGUAAUUUGGUUUGGCAUUGUGUUUAUGAGGUUCUCCAAAUUUGAAAAUUGCACACCUUCACAGACCCAUCUUGUUUUUUUUGCAGGAAAAAAACAACAUGACACAUGAGUUUAGCAACUUGGUAUUUGACCUUUUCCUAACAGGUAAAGCUUCUAACCGAAUGCUAUAUUUGUUUGCACCAAUAAAUGUUUGCUAGCCUGCCCACAAAGUGUUGACUAUUCCCUUUAUUAUUUAUUAAUUUAUUUACUUAUUUUUUAAAAAUAAUUCCCACUAGAUCUUUUCUCUUAUGCUGACCUUUGUUAAUCCAACUCAGACCUUUUAAUAGUUUUAGAUUAUAUGGUGGUGUAUUGUCUUCAUAUGUUUUAAACAAUUCCACAAGGUCUAACAUAGUAGUAGUAUUUACUUCUAAGGUAUUUCAUUUAGCUCAUGACAUCCUCUUGUGUGUUGGUUUGCUCAUUAUGCUUUUUGGUUGUUUGUUCUUUUCAUUAUUAUUAUUAUUAUUGUUAUUGUUAUUAUCAAUGGUCAAUAUAUACUUCAAAUGUCAAUGACUGCUUUUUCCUGUGAUACGAAUAUAUGAUGCUGCAGUUACAGGUCUACCAUUGAAUACUUAGUUUUAAUCCAAUUUUUGUUUCUUGCGUAGUUGGGUUGUUUAGGUUCAAAUUUGACACUAUCAAAACUUAGGAAAUCACAACCUUCCACCUUUUGGCUGAUUCCUGAGUGCGAGAUCUUUGCAACAUGUUCUUCCAUUUUGGUAUUUUAGUUGAUGCACACUUCACUUUGCAUAUAAGUUAAGAUGUGAACACUUGUGUUUAAUCCAAUGUUUCCUUCUUGCAUAGUACUUGCUUUGUUUAGGUUCUGCAUUGACUCAAUGAAACCGUACAAAAACCCGACCUCCCACCUUGCCUUGGCUGAUAAAAACGAGGUAUGCAAGUCUAUUUGCGAAGAGCAAGAUCUUUAAUUUGGGAUGCUUAGCUUGCUUCCAUUUUCAUAUUUCAGUCGAUGCCAUAACUGCCCUCACUUAGUGGACUCUACAAUAUGAAGAAUCCAAUGUAGCGUUCAAUUUCCCCAUAAUAUAACUCCAAUAAUCCAAUUUCUGGUGUGGUGUUUUAUGACCAUCAAGGAGCUUUGCUGUGUUUGCUUUAAGCAUAUUUUAUUUUUAGGCUUUGGAUCGGAGGCCUGGACUUGUCGAUUCCAGGGUAGUAGUUUAUAAUGGAAGAUGGAGCUAGGGAUAGAGGGUUUUAGGUGUUAUAAUGUACUUAAAAAUCCUUUCAUGUGGAACAGUACAGGUGACUUCAAAGAUGUAUAGUCAGUCAAUUUUCCAUCAUUUAUCUAAUGGAAGUUUGUAGGGAAGGGAACAUUAUAUUCCUGUCCUGUACGUACGUAAUCCUUUGUGCAAACUUAUCAUUAUAUACUAGAAAAAUUCAUACACUUGUUCAUCCCAAAUUGUAGAUUUGGAGUGUAAAAUAUUUGUAUGCUACUCAAGAAAUACAUAUAGUAUUAUAUUUUGGGAAA